AUGGCAUCAUCACGUCGACUCAAAGUUUUCACAUGGUUCUCGCUGGCGGGCGGCAAAUCAAGGGCUUAUCUUUUGGCGUUGACAACUAUGGAAGUGCUACUGAAAUCGGUCGUCAAAGGGGCAGCAGUGGCGACAGCGAGAAGGACAGGAUUACCUGGUAAUGACUGCUCUGGAUACAUGACGGUGUCCUUUGGGAGGGCUCAGCUGCAAAGGCAAACAUUUGUUUGUUUGGCCGAAUCUGAAGCUGAAAACUUUCCUGGUCGGGCCUUGGAUGCGCGAAUUGUUCAUAUUGUUCUGUCCAGACCAUAUCCCUGGAUCAUUGGAACCAUGUACGGAGUACAGGCUAUCGGAUAUUGA